UUCCCCGUGAAAAGUAAAAAAUAAGAUCGAAAAGUUAGAGCCAUUUAAUAAGUAAAAUAGUUGUUGAAUCCAAAGCUUCAAUAAUAAUUUCAAAAUGCGGACGUAAAUAAUAAAGAGAGUUGUAGCAGCGAUCUGAUUCUAUGAAACGGCGACGAUGAUGGAGAAGAGAAAGAGCGGCAGUAAAACGAGAGAGAGCAAUGGAGGUUAGAUCGGACGGUGGUAAAUCAUCAGCCAAUAGCAACAGUAAUUCUUCUUCUUCACAAGUAAUAGGUAGAAAACGAUUACAGGUUUGGUUCAUCAGAGUGUGUUCCACCAUUUUGUUGUGGACUGGCUUCGUUCAGCUCGUCGCCGUUGGUGAGUUAUGGCAACCGCAUUUUAUUACCCGUUAUUUUACCCGUACAAUACUUCAGAUCACGCCCGUUUCUCUUCAACUUACUCCGCCUCCGCCUUCUCCGCCUCCUCCUCCUCCGCUCCUUCCUGCAAGAAAUUAUACAAGUAACGGUUAUCUUAAGGUGUCAUGCAAUGGCGGCUUGAAUCAAAUGCGCGCUGCGAUAUGUGACAUGGUUGCUGUUGCUCGGCUAUUGAAUCUGACUUUGGUUGUUCCUGAACUUGACAAGACAUCUUUUUGGGCUGACCCUAGUAAUUUUGAGGACAUCUUUGAUGUGAAGCAUUUCAUUGACUCCCUAAGAGAUGAAGUUCGAAUUAUCCGAAGGCUGCCAAAAAGAUUUAAUAGGAAACAUGGAUACAAAGUAUUUGAGAUGCCUCCGGUUAGCUGGUCAAAUGAGAAAUACUACCUGCAACAGAUUUUGCCACUUUUCAGCAAGUUAAAUGUGUUGCACUUCAACAAAACUGAUGCACGUUUGGCAAACAAUGGGAUAUCUCUUGAUCUUCAGAAACUCAGAUGCCGAGUGAAUUUCCAGGCACUGAAAUUUACUCCGCAGAUUGAAAGAUUGGGAUACAAUUUGGUUCGCAUGCUUCAGGAAAGAGGGCCUUAUGUAGCCUUGCAUCUAAGAUAUGAAAUGGACAUGUUGGCUUUCUCAGGUUGCACCCAUGGCUGCUCCGUUGAAGAAGCUGAGGAGCUCAAGCGAUUAAGAUAUGCCUAUCCUUGGUGGAGAGAGAAAGAGAUAGUGUCUGAAGAGAGGAGAUCUCAAGGUCUGUGUCCUCUGACACCUGAGGAGGCGACACUGAUCUUGCAGGCACUGGGUUUUGAAAAGGAAACACAGAUAUAUAUUGCAGCUGGUGAGAUAUAUGGAAGUGAACGUAGACUUGCAGCACUAAGGGCUGCAUUUCCACAUAUAGUAAAAAAAGAAAUGCUGUUGGAUCCAGCAGAGUUGCAGCAAUUCCAGAAUCAUUCUUCGCAGAUGGCUGCUCUGGAUUUCAUGGUCUCAAUAGCCAGUAAUACUUUCAUUCCCACAUAUGAUGGAAAUAUGGCGAAAGUUGUUGAAGGUCAUCGCAGGUAUCUUGGAUUUAAGAAAACAAUCCUACUAGAUCGAAAAAAACUUGUGGGGUUACUGGAUUUGCAUCAGAAUGGGACACUCACUUGGAAUGAGUUUGCAAUUGCUGUUCAAGCAGCACAUGAGAAGAGGAUGGGACAACCAUCACGCCGUAGGAUCAUAGCAGAUAAACCGAAGGAGGAGGAUUAUUUUUAUGCAAACCCUCAGGAGUGUCUUUGUGAGCGAGCAAGUUGUGAUGAGUUGCUAGACCGUAAUAACUCGAGUACAUGGCGAUGAGAACUUAAUUCCAAGCAGAUAUUAAGAUAGUGAGUGACCUGACUAUCAUUUAGAAGCAGCAACCUGGUUUCCAGUCUUGAAUACACACACCUUAGAGCUUUACAAGAAAUUGGCAGAAAAGAAUGGUGAAGUGUCAAUUUGGAGGCAGUCAAAGGGCAUGCUUUUUCAUUUUUUGUGUUGAUAUAUUUAUUCUACCGGUGAAGUUUUGUUCAAUGGUAUAGUCCCACAUUUGGAAAAUACAUAUGUAGCAAUUAUAUUCUUUCAUUCAUAAUUUACAUGAACAAUACUUUAUAUAGUAAACAGCUUAAUGUAGACAUCUUUAUUA